AUGCUUUUUCUUUUUUCGCUGGCUGCUUUGUGCGCAACGACGUUUGCUGCCAAUGUCGACUACAAGGGAGGCAUCUAUGGAGGUGAGAGUACUGAUAAAGGACCUGGUUGGAGUGAUUGGGCGUCAACGACUUCAGUCUUGUCCUCAAGCUCUGGAUGCUCGAUGAUUACAGUCACUUGCACGGUCUCACCACCAUGUCCGCCAUAUGCGACCUCGACCGUGACAAGUACGAUCGAUACGACGACCACUCUACCAGGGCAGACCGUAACAAGCACAACGACUUACACAGAAACCGUCACUCAUACUGUGUCCACAUCUUGUAAACCGAGCCCAACACCUGCACCAUGCAAUGGCACGAUCAAUUUCGACGUGCUUCUCAUCGCCCUAAAAGCGUACUUCGACACAACUUUCAUUGAAGAACUUAACGCGACUUUGGUCGAAUCGAUCUCGAACACUUUCACCAAGGUCGUAGGCGUUGAAAUCGACAAUUCGGUGCAUAAAGCAAUCAGUAAGGAGUUCGUUGAUAUCAGCGCUACGUUCUCUGAGUUCGAGGAGAAUAUUACUCAGAGCGUCAACAUCUCCAUGGACAGCAGUCUUCAGCGCUAUGUUGACAAUACACUCAUUACCACUAUAGACCAGUCCAUCGACAAGACCAUCACCAAGUCAUUCAACCAAGAUAUCCUGACCAAUAUCAACGAAACGUUCUUUGCAGCUUUCCAUAACUAUACCUACAACACCAACAUUACGCUCGACGAAUCCUCGUUGCACUACUUAAACUCAUCGAUCUCAGACGUCAUGUACGGAUACGUGCACACUCAAUUCACGGAAAAGGAUUCCUCAUUGAAUCAAGAUAUGCGCCAAAUCAUCUCAUACAACGAUAGCCCAUGGUAUGCCAUUGCUAUUCUGACACUACUGAUCAUCUUCGGCAUCUUGACGCUCGCUGGGAUGCUUUGGCUGAUCUUUCGCAAUCCCAAGCCUCACAAGAAGAUGGGGCACUGCCCAGAUUGUGGCGCGCCGCAGGAUCAGUGUGCCUGUGGGACGUAA